CCCCGUCCGGGCCCGGGGCCGCCUCACGCCGCGCCCAUCUCCGCCGCAGCCGUUGGACCACGUGACUGCUGGAGCGCGGCAGUGGCGCUGUCGCUGCUACCGGCCCGGCCCACCCCGCCCCCACCGCGCUGCUGAAGGGCGGAAAGGAUCAUGGCACAGACUCAAGGUUUGGGGAGGAGAUACAUUAGAGCCUUUUUUAAAGGUUUCUUUGUUGCUGUUCCAGUAACUGUGACUUUCCUGGAUAGAGUCGCCUGUGUAGCAAGGGUGGAAGGUGCAUCAAUGCAGCCUUCUUUGAAUCCUGGAGGAAGACAAGCAUCUGAUGUAGUGCUCUUAAACCACUGGAGCAUUCGGAAUUAUGAUGUACAACGUGGGGACAUUGUGUCAUUGGUGUCUCCUAGAAACCCUGAACAGAAGAUCAUUAAACGAGUGAUUGCUCUUGAAGGAGACAUUAUCAAAACCAUUGGAUACAAAAAGAAGUAUGUGAAAGUUCCACAUGGGCAUAUUUGGGUGGAAGGUGAUCACCAUGGACACAGCUUUGACAGCAAUGCUUUUGGCCCGGUUUCACUUGGACUUCUACAUGCUCGAGCUACUCAUAUCCUCUGGCCUCCUCAACGCUGGCAGAAGUUACAGCCAGAGCUACCCGUGGAGCGCAAACCACUCCAGAGAGAACAGGAUUAAUCUCAAUAUUGAGAAGGAAAACCACUAAAGUGAAGUUUAACCUGGAUGAGUUGCAGUGGUUAUAUCAUCAUCCAUAAGAGCUUUGUCAAGUGUGCAUUAGCGUCAGGUACUAUAUCAGCAAAUGCAUGUGACACGUUCAUGUUAAAACAUCAACUCAAGUGUAAGAGAUUUUUUGUUUUGUUUGUUGUUUGGUGCUUUUUAAAAAUCUCAAACAAUGAUGUAUAUUGAGUUAUGCUGGGUUCAAAUAAUCGGUUCUAGAAGAUUUGAAUGGUCACUUUCUCUGGAAACAGGAAAAUGCUUGACUUGUUAUGUCUGUACCUGUGCUUCUCUGGAUAAGAAAUUAUUACAGCCUUCAAUAAAAUGUUUUCAUCUUUUAUAUUCAACUUGUUUCUUCAGUAACUGAACAGAUACACUAUUAUUUUUAUGGAUUGCAUAUGAAAAGAAAACUAUCACAUAAUAUGCUUUGGAUUGUCCUACAAUUUCUAAUACUGAAGAAUUGGUAGCUCUGUAGCUGAAAAGUCAGUCAUAUGUGCCAUAAUUUUUUUUCAAAAUACUAAUGAGACUUCUUUUUAAUGUAGCUUGUGUUUAUUAUUAAAUUUAGUACAUAUUUUAAAUUUCUCUUCCAGGAGUGUUUGAUGUAAACAUUCUUUGUAUAUCUUGCUGAAGUGGAUAUUUAUAAAAAACAUACAAUUAAUACUAUAAAUUUAUAAUUAUAUAUUAUAAAAACACUCUGUGAAUAUGCUGUAACGUUUCUGCACAACUUAUAAGUGAAAAGAACUUGAAAAAUUACACAUUUUCAGCUGCAGGUUAAUAUGAGCUAGCUUAUUUUCAUAUUUAUUGAAUUUUCUUCAGAUUGGAUAGUACUUUAGAAAUUUAACAAAUCACACAAAAGAUCUUUAAACAUUUCAGCUAAAAUUGUGCAAUUAUCAGAACUUCAGAGAAGAUGAAAUUAAGUCUCUAGGUCUUUGAAGAAACACAUCUGUGUAUCAGUUAGAUGAUAGGUUCAGUCACCAUGAAAACCCUCUCUUACUGUCUAAUCUUAAAGCCUUCAGCUCUGUAGGUUUUCUGAACACUUUACUGUCUGUGCCAUGAAUUUUCUUUGUUCCAAAAAGCUGAAUUUAGGUCUCUGAAUUUAGUUUAAAUUAAUGCAGUGUUUUUGUCUGUUAAUUAGAGUAAAUUCACAAUCCUGUUGAUUGGCAUAGGCUGAUUGAAAACAGUCAUUUGCAAGGUUUUUUUAUUAUUAUUUUCCAAAUUAACUCAGAAAACUGAAAUGAGUUCAAGAAAUUUACCACAGUUGUAAUUAAUUUUGGUGACAGAGGGGCAAACGCACAUCCAUGAAAAGUGAAAAAAAGAGACAGAGAAAGAGAAGCAGAACAAGACCAGAUUAGACCAACAUUAUUUCUGUCAGUUGUUCAGACCUUCAUUUCCCUUUCCACUACUUCAGUCCCUCUCUCUUCCUCCUCUUGGGUAUUAUCUGGGCAGAAGUCCUUACACACAGUGACAAGCUGGAAAGUUUGGUUGGCUGUUCUGAUUGACAGGUACCUACUCAGCAAAUUCAGUGCCAGCAAGUUAUCAACAACAAAGGCAUUUGUUCAUCAGUUAUUAUCUUAAUUAUAUUUCUUUGUUCAGGGCUCACCUCUAGGGACAGCCUCACUCACCAGCUGGUCUGACUUGGUGCUGGCUGCUCUCAUUCACUGACAGAACAUCCUCUUUGCAUCUCAUAUUGUCACCAGAAGCAUAUGGGCUUCCCAGCCUUUGCUCACCCCAGCCCAUAGUGCCCCAGACAGGAAAAUCACUAGAAAUUUGGUUUAAUGAGAAGAUGAGACAGACUGAACAGAUCAGGCUCAGGUAUUGACAGACCAGCAUGUUUAUGUGCAAGUCACUUCUUUCAUAUUCUUCUCUCUUUUCCCAGACUUUUGCAUACUUUUUCCAAACCCCUUUGUUUCCCCCACUCUAGUCCCCUAAACAUCCCAAGGCAAGUCUUUGUACAGUACUCAAGCAUUCUUCCCAGAACCCCACCACAAACUCUCUACCCCUGUGCAGUUUUACCACGCUGUGGGACAGCCCAAGGAGCUUUCCCACUGACUCUCAGUGUCUGCUGUCCCCUGUGGGGCUGGUGCAGGAGCUCAUGCCUCUGACUGGGAUAUUGAAUUCUGCCCAACCACCAUCAUGCUUCUGUUCUCCUUCAUGGCUGUGAGGAUAAGACUUUUACACUCUCCUGACUACUCUGUGAUCCCCAGAGGAGCUAUGCCAUGGUAUUUGGCUUUCCCCAGCUGCCAUUGCUCCUCUGAGCUCCUCUGUCUGUGAGGAGACCACCUCUUUAUCACGUAAUCUUAUACAACCUAUCAAAGUUUAAAUGUCCCAAGUAUUCAACUGUGACAUGCCUAGAGGAAUAUGUACUAAUAUAUAUAUUUGCAUACAUAUCUUUAUAAAUAUUUAUGAAUUUAUUCGGAUAUGUAGGAUUAACAUGAUGGAAUAGAGAACAGACUAAGCACAGGAAACAAUAUUUCUCCUCCAUUCAUCUACAGUAUGAAUUUAAGCACCAGGUUCAGAAAAGAAAAAUAAGGGACAACUAGAGAAACAACAAAAAUGAAAAGAAACCAGAAAAAUAUGACCUAUGAGAAUUGUUAGAUGAACUUGGGUCUAUCAUUUAGUAUGGAGAGCUUGAGAGCCUGAGCUACAAUCUUCAAUAACAUGAAAGGUUCUGUAAAGUGGAAGAGAAUAAUUGGUUCUCCAAGAUUAUUGUGAAUCAACAUACUUACAAUGAAAAAGAGGACUUCAGACAUGGAGAAAAAAAAUUGAAUUAAAAAAACAAAACAAACAAAAAACACCAAUAGGCUAUGUUUAAUUGGAAAGUUUUAUGUUUUUUUAUCAGAGCUGUUUGUACUUAGUGGCAGGAGAAUGGAUUUUGAGAUGCAUGUCAGCUAUUUUAUACAUUCUCUGAUUAGAUUUUCUUUGACUGGUAAACUUGGUGGUUCCUUUGAUGCUGGGCAGGCAUGCAGUUACAUCAAUAUCUACUUCCUUUAGACUUACAGGAUGCAAUAUAUGCAGCCUAACAGAAUUACAAUACCCCCAUGUACCACUUCCUUAUAAUAAGCAUCUAAAGAAUCUGAUUCCUGUAAGGGAGCUGUUUUGCUACAUAAUGGCAUCAGAUUAAUGUGCAUGACAUUUCACAUCAUUGCAUAGCUUAGUGAAUGGAAAUAGCUGAUUGAAAUCAUAAGCACUAGAGUAAGAUGGCAUAACAGGUCAUUCAGUAUCCAGAGCAUGAAGAGCAAACCAAUAUUGCCAAAACAAAAAGACCAAGCAGCAACAAUAACAUACAACCAUAAUUUAAAGGUUUUUCUAUUUUAUUGGUAUAUUAAUAUACUUGAUUUUCAGCCUUCAGAUAUGAAAUAUGAGAAACCUGAUCUGGCAGUAAUUAAAUCUGUGGCAAAAUUCUCACACACUCAGGCCGUCAUGGCUGGCUUUCUAUGCAGGCAUCUUCAACCAUAGACCUUCUGGUGUUUUGGUGCUGGGUCAUAUCUGAAAUGCAAUAAGAAGUUGGUUUAAUAGGAGUCAAAUAAGGAUGUGAACAAAUGAGAAGCUGGACAUUAAAAAAUGAAAAGAUGGUGGGAUAUUUUAAAACUUUAUUUAUUAAUUUAUUUUUAAUUUUUUUUAAUGCAUGAGGAGUCACAUAAAUACCUUUUCUAUGGCCCAAGACAUAAAUUGUCUUGAGUGGAUGCCAGACUGCACUUAGAGAUCAAGGAGAGGUGUUGCAAGCUGAUCAGGAAUUGGUACUCUUAGAAGACAUGAGCAGCUACAUCUGACAGAGUGACAGAGCAAAGCUAUGUACCUCAGCAAUGUCCAAGCAUUGCAGCCUCAUACAGAAACCCAAAAUGCCAACUGAAAAAGUGAAAAGCUGGUACAAGGAAUGAAUGAUCACCUAAUGCAUAUGAGGAUCCUUGAAUUCAAGUUUUCCUCUGAAAGAAACACCGUAGCAGCAGUUGUGUUGAGUUUUUUCCAUCUAGCCAUCCUUUAAGAUAAUAUAUCUAAAUAAUAUAAUAUGAAGAUUAUCACUCUGUCAUGGCAUGAACAAAGCACUAUGUGUUCAAGUCUGAAGGCAUUACAAAAUGGAUAACUUGUGCUUUAGUGAACAGUUUACACUGCUUGGCUCCUCAGGUAUUAAGACUAAUGAUAUAAUGUACUUACCAGAUGUCAGAAACUGCAUCUGAGACAUACAAAAUCAAAGUAAUAUAAUAAAGGCAAAGGAUAAGAAACAUCAGCUCUUGUUAUGCAGAAUUUUGGUUCUCACAAAUCUUUUUUAUUCCUUUAAAUUUGUUUACCACACUAAAAUCAGGAAGAAUUCUGAGCAAUUCCAGGAUGAGGCCUGGUCUAGUAAAAAGUGUCCCUGCCCAUGCAGGAGCAUUGGAACUGGGUGAUCUUUAAGGUCCCUUCCAACCCGAACCAUUCUAUGACUCUCUGAUUCUAUACUACAAGUAUAAUAGCUCUCAGACUCUCAGAGGCAUCAUUCUAUAGGCUUGUUGUCUGUUGUUGAUUUGUGUAAAUAACAUGUACCAUCAAUUUCUAAGCAUUUUAUUGAAGCUGUGCUUUUGUGCAUAAAUAAGUUAAAGUUCUUGAAACAAACUAGAAGGCAAAGUCUUCAAGUAAACUACGUGGCGAUAUUUUAGAGGACAGACUGGGAACCCCAGAGAUAGCAGAGCUGAAAUUCUCAUCUCCUCAUCUGUAUUCAGUAAUUCCUUUGUCUGAAGUAAAUGUUCAGAUUAUUAAAUCCGG